AUGGCCUUGCUUCGUGUUUUUCUAAAGUUUUCAUUGCAGCAUAGAGCAAGCAUUUCCAGCAGGUGCUCUUUGUUCUCACAGAAAAGUCCUGGAAUACGUCGACGUGCUAAACCGGCUCAACCGAGGUUGGGCAAGUCCCACCAGGGAUUUAAUGUCGAUUCCGGAUUUGAAACCUCCGAAUUCGACUUGGUGGAUUUUGCUGAAGAUGUGUUUAAUUGUCAGGAUCCUAAACCUCCGAGGCUUAUUCAAGAAGCGGCAGCUCUGUUCGGGCUGGUAGCUGGCACAGCAAAUCUUAAGCCUUCGGUAGGACGUAGUCGAGCUCGAAUUACCGAACAACCAAAACGGAACCAGCAUCCGUUCCAUACUGGACGUUACCAACGGCGCAGGAAUCGUAGCCGGGUCUCUUUCGAUUUUGACCCGUCGCAUGACCCAGUAGAUGACUUGCAGUCGAACGAAGACCACGGUGGACAUCGGUCGCCUCGUAAGCAGCAGCAGUACCAUCAUCAGACUGAUACGAAACAAACAGAUAAAGUUGCCAGUAGUUCUCUGCCGGUUACGAGAGCCAACUCAAUCACCAGACCGGAACUGAUGCAAUCGCCCAGGAAGAUGAACUGGAAUAGAAACGAUGCAGUAAAGGCUCUGCUAGUUGAGACUAAGGCCAUUGAACUACUUAAAUCACCCCACGUGCUGGUGCUGCGUUUUCCUGAUCCCGAACUGAGCAAGGAGAUAGUUCAAGGUUACUCAGCUAGCAUCGAGAACGUAAUAUUCCAUCGACCUUCAGCGCCACGGUAUUGCAUGGUACAUCUGAAACCGGAUGCGGAUGUUGAACGGGUUAUUCAGCAGCUUUCAAAGAUAUCGUUUGGCGCCGGAAGAAUAGCUGUCGAGCGAAAGACGAAGCAUGUUGAACCCAAGCCAACGGUAAAACCAGAGGAGAUUGACCCAUUGACCUUGUUUAUUGGAAAUUUACCGAAUGCUGUCACUGUGUACACUGUGAAGCAAAUGUUUCCAACGGCUCGGCGUAUUGAUAUUGGCCAUGCACAGCGAAUGAAACACACUCGGUACGCCUUCAUUAGAUUUCACAAUGCAGACGAUGCAAUUGGUGCAUUCAAGGCCAACCUGAAUAAAGUUAUCGAUGGAAAAAAUAUCAUCGUACGCUUUCGCCGUUACAAUGCUCCGAUAGCAAUGCCCGAAGAUACCAACACACCGAAGACACCAAAACGACAAAAAGGAACUGCUGGUCAACUGUUUGUUUCCAUCGAGCAGAAACCAAAUCGCGUUUGUGGACGAAAGGAACAAUAUCAGCCGGAGAUACACCGUUCAGAUACUUUGAACACAAUCAAAACCGAAAUCUUGGACGAAGAUUUAGUGAGGGAUGAACUGCACGUUAAAACGAGAGUAAAACCAGAGCCCCCAGAAUUCUCAGAUGAGAAUCCUGAAAUCGACGAUGAGGAGGAUGACGAUGACGUUGAAGAUUUUUUGGAAGACGACGAAAAUGAAGAUUUGAACCUUGAUGAAAUAAACGCCGAUGAAAAUUAUUGUGAAGAAGACGAUACUGAUAUUGAUGCGUGCGAUAAAAACUAUUGGACGUUGGAGCAGCUUCGCAAUAAGGCUAGUGAAGAUACGUCGUCAUCUGUUUCAGGCUCUAAGAAAAGUGAUGUAUUCAUCGAACUGGAAUCUGGCACCAAAACAAGUUCAACAACAUUUAAUACGCACAAAACGAAGGAGAACAAAGCUGUGUCUAGUUUUAUUGUGAGCAAGAGACGUGAUGAUCAGUUACAGGAUUUGUUCAGUUGUUUGGAACCAGAUGAUGAUCUAUCUCUUUAGGAUUGUGUUGUUAUGUGGGUUGUGCGUUUAAGUGAUCUCAAUAUAACAUGUUUUAUGUGUUAAUUGUAUUUAGCCCAAACUAAAAACGUUCACUAGCACCUAGUGAUUUUGAAGUUAUUGCUUUACUAGAUAUUAACGAUCAUCUAUUGACGUUAAGUAGACUCAAGCCAAGCCAAAUAUUAUACUUGUUGAAAGAAGAAACCGCUUCCUAUUUGACAUAUUGGAGUCACAUUCCAACAACUAAUUAAUAAGUAGAAUCCGUUUAUGCCAAUCAAAUAUUUAUUUUGCAUUAGAGUAGAAAAUA